AUGCGUCGAGUCAAGAAAUCCCGCAACGGGUGUUCCCGAUGCAAAACUAAGCGAGUGCGUAUAUUCUCUCACCUGGGUCGGUUGGCGCUUGUGAGAUGGGGCGUCCUAGCUAACGCAGAUCCACAGGUCAAGUGCGGAGAGGAGAAGCCUCACUGCAAUCGCUGUAGUCGCCUAGGGGUCCGAUGCCCCGGUUAUGUACAGUCCCUGAAAUGGGUCACCAAAUAUGAAGAGCCCAGUCCUGGAGCAUCGUCCGAUGGCAAGGCCUUGAGUCCUGCGCCUCCUCAAAUAUCACCGAAACAGCCUUCGCAUUCGACGGAGCAGCUUCUACCCACUGACGACCCCAUCGGCGGGACUUCGCAUAAUUUGGAAUCUUCGGAGUUUGGCCUCGAUGAAUCAAAUCCACUUUGCGAUCACCUGUGGGAUCUACCAGGCAACGGAUCCUUGCCUGAACUGUCUGAUCUAUGCCCAUCCCCAAUCCCGACAUCAUCGGCAUUCCAGCAGUCUCAUCAGGCGGUCGAUGACUUUAUCUCUUCUGCAGAAAAUGCAAUAGACCUCUCACAUUUCCUCUCAUUGAUCGGACCGACAAAUACCGACGAAGAAGGAGGGGGAGGGGGGAGGGGGAGGGUCAGGCACUAUCCGCCCGCACCGCAGCGAUCAACAUCUCGCGACUUCAUGUCAAUCUCCCGGCCACUAAACAACCCAUCAUGGACACUCAUCGAGUACUAUUUCAAAGAGGUCGCGGCCCUCUUCUCCAGCUACGACAGCCAAAUGAAUCCAUUCCGCACGACGGUAUCACGUCUAUGGGGCUCAUCACUAGCAAUGUGCCGCACAAUGCAAAGCAUGGCCGCCGCAACCCUAGUAAACGACUUCCCCCAAUUCGGACCCCUGGGCCGCAAAAUGCGAGACGAGGCCGUGGAAAUCAUAACCCGCGAAGCAGUCAUGGACGACAAAGCCCUCCUAGCCCUCCUCAUGCUCGGCCAAACAGCAAGCUGGCACGACCCACAGGAUCUGGGUAUAUCUUUCUUCAACCUCCUGCGCCAACAACUUACCACAAUCGGAUCAUCCACCACUCCAGACUUCGGCUUCGUGAAAAGCACAAGUAACAACUACCGCUUCUUCGAAGAAGCGCUUAUAUAUUGGGAAAUGCUGCUCUCCUUCGUCGCCGAUACAGACAUGGUCUCUUCAGACUCCCAUCCCUCCUCAAUGGACGAGCCCCUCGUUCUUCAACGAGUACCGCAUCCCUGGACGGGUAUCGCUCGCGAUACCCAAUUCACAGUACACGAAGUAGGCCGAUUAGUCCGACGUGAACGGCAACGUGUUCGCGCACGCAGAUUCACCUCGCAGGAAGAGAUCGCCCGCGCUCAGAUUGCCAUUGAGAAAGCGCGAGAACUGGAAGAAAGACUCCUCGCUCUUGCGCACCCUACUGAGGCGGAAAUCGUCUCGCCCGGCGAUGACGAAACACCUGUCUGGCACCUACUCACUAUGGCGGAGGUUUACCGUUGUACGGGGUUGAUGCAGUUAUAUCGCGUCUUUCCUGAUUUGCUUCGCAAUCGUCUACCUAAUUCCUCCUCCUCCUCAUCAUCGUCACCCACUUCCGCCCGAGACCCGUUCUUCCCGGUUGAUCUGGACAACACCGAACCCAACAAUUCAGAAACCCUAUAUAAUAACUGGCUCACGGAAUUCGCUAUAACAACCCUAUCCCGUCUAAAGACUAUCCCACUCGAAUCUCGCACAAGAUGUCUACAGCCUUUCCUACUCGUCGCAGCGAGUAGCGAGCUUCGUCUCCCGCGGUCAACAUCACACCUACCUCAGACUUCCCACGAUACCCCACAGAGUCGAACUCGAACUCGAAGUCAACAUCAGCCUCAACAUCAGCCUCAACAUCAAAAUCAUCAUCAAACUCCAGAUGACCUCGAAAACGACCACACCAAUGACUCCGAAGAUACCGAACAACCAAGUAUAUCAAUGGAAGCCAUCGAAAUCUCCCGCACAAGAAGAUUCAUCCUCGGCAGACUGACCUCAUUCCUACACGUGCUCCCGCCAAAACCGAUUAAUGUCUGUCUGAGGCUGGUGAGAGAGGUAUGGAAGAGGAUGGAUGCGGGGGAGACGGAUGCUUAUUGGAUUGAUGUUAUGAUUGAGAAGGGGUGGGAGACUACCAUGGGGUGA